AUGUCUAACCAACCCCACAACCAGUUCUCCGAUCUGCCGCCAAGCUAUGAUGCAUCACAAUCAGCAUCCGGGACGGGGUUCCCUGGCACUCAGUACCAGCCACAGGAUGCAAACCCACCGCCAUAUCACAACUGGCAAGAUGCAGUCCCCGACACAGCCACAUUUCCACCGCCCCCGAUCACAGGAUACCUGAUAUCCGGGACGGGAAAUGCUUCAGAGGACGAUGCGCAGCGGGCUCAUGACUUCUGCGACUCAGUGCCGCUGUGGCUCCCAACCAAGCCCUCGCCGGCCGUAUAUCACGACGUCCAGAUGCACGAUCUAAGACCUGUACAGCCGAAUGAGCUGCGCGGGCAGGUGUCGGCUGUUGCUCGUGGUCGCUGGCGUGGACGCAGCGCAGACGCUAAUCCUGACUGUGUGAUUAUGACCCAGCUGCCGCUGUACUUCCCGCUUGAGGAUUCGCCGUUUGUGCGCGAGCAGAAGAAAACUAUCUAUUUUGAAGUGAAGCUGCUGGCGUUGAGAGCUGGGCCGACUCCGCAUGACAGCAGUGGGUUCUCGAUUGGGUUUGUUGCACAGCCUUAUCCGUCGUGGCGAUCACCCGGCUGGGAGCGAGGUGGGUUGGGCGUCUUCUCGGAUGAUGGGUGUCGCUUUGUGAAUGAUUCGUUUGGAGGUCGGGAUUUUACCACGGCGUUCAAGGUUGGUGAGACGGUCGGAAUCGGAAUGGAGAUUUCCCUGCCGGAUAAUAUCUACAGUGGGGAGAAGAAGAGCAGGAAAUGCAAGGUGCAUAUCUUCUUCACACGAAAUGGACGCCGAUCUGAAGGAUGGGAUCUGCAUGAGGAAGUCGAUGCGGAGUCUGGGGGUGUUGAGGGAUUGGAAGGGGACUAUGACCUCUACGGAGCGAUUGGACUGUUUGGUGGCGUUGAUUUCGAGUCUUGCUUUGACCCUGCAGGUUGGCUAUGGAGGCCUCAGUAA